AUGCCUCCUUUGGACGUUGAUUCCCAGUUCAAGUUCCUCAUCGUGUGUAUCAAGCACUCUACCGGCGGCAAGGUUGACUUCGGCGAAGUCGCCAAGGAAUGCGACAUCGUGACCAAAGGCGCCGCUGCCAAGCGAUACGAGCGCCUCAUGAAAGCCCACGGGAUCCAGACCUCCGGCGCCGGCGGCGGGCUCAAGAAAGAAUCGAAGGACAGCAAAGACGGCAUCAAGAGCCGCGCGGCCAACAAGAGGCGAAAGCUCGCUGCCGUGGACGAGGAUGCCGGCGACGUGGACGAGCCGAUCAAGACCGAGGUCAAAGGUGAAGUCAAAACCGAAGAUUCCAUCGCCGUGAAAGCGGAGCAAGAGAGCGGUGGUGGUAGUGGUGUGGGUGUUGGUGUUACUACUGGUGGUGGGCUUGCUGCCGUACCCAGUGCUGCUACACUGCCUGUCGAUGGCGCGCCACCGACAGGUGCGCCCAACAACACGCCCGCUUCUACUACCGAGGCUCAGAAUGGAGAUAACAACGACGACGACGACGACGAAGUCCAAGUUAUCUCCGCCACGGAGAGGCGCGAUGACGGCAGCAACAGCAUUUCUGUCUACGGUAGUGGCGGUCACCAUCACUCGCAUGCGCACUCACCACACACUCACUCGCCUACUGCUCCGAUGAUCCCGGGGAUUCACUCGUUUGAUUACGCUGCUAAUAACAUGGGGUUCCCCCCACAACAGAUGUCGGGACCGACGAGGAUGAGUUCGUCGCCUAGCUCCAUGCACUAUGGGUUUGCCCCGAACACUUGGAUGUAUCCGCACGACGCGCAUGGCUACUUGUAG